AUGAUAUCCUCCCUCACCACCAAAAUCGCCCUCCGCAAAGUCGGCCUCUCCAACACCUCCCUAGACUUUUCCUCUCUCACAUCACCCUCUUCUCCAAAAAACGCCAGCAGCAACAGCGACAACAACAACAACUGGUCCUCAUGGAUGACGCCCAAAUCGCUCCCCCUCAAAGUCCACCCGUGGUUCUCCCCGCCGCCGCCUCCCGUCAAAGUCGCUCCCGUCCCGCGCAUCGGAGACGUUGCGCCACAGGAUCGCCAGAGGAGGCUGGAGCUGGGGAGGAGGAACAAAUGCCUGGUUGUGUUUCUGAGAUGUGUGGGCUGUGCGUUCGCCCAAAAAACAUUCCUCGCCCUCCGCGCCCUCGCAAACCGCCACGCCGGCCGCAUCACCUGCAUCGCAAUCUCCCACGCCUCCCCGCGCGCCACCUCCAAAUGGAUCGACAUGCUCGGCGGCGCCUGGAACGUCCAAAUCGUCAUCGACCAACAGCGCGCCAUCUACGCCGCCUGGGGGCUCGGCAUCGCCAGCAGCCUGUGGUACGUGCUCGGGCCCACGGCGCAAGUCCAGGCCUGGAAGGAAACCGGCUGGCUGGGGGAGAAGGUGGCGAGUGCGGUUGAUGGGAGGAGGGGCAGGGAGGAGGAGAGGAGGGUGGAGAAGAUAUUGACGCCGAGGAAGAAGGGAGGUGCUGCUGCUGCUGAUACUACUUCUGGUAAUAGUAGUAAAGGGGGUGAUGGUGAGAAUACGACAAUCAACGAAAACAACCCCUCGACAGAACUGGGCAGCAAAUGGCAAGAGUCUGGCGCCUUUGCCAUUGACGGCACCGGCACCGUCGUCUGGGGCGGCAAGGCCGUGAGGGCAGACGACGUGAUGGAUCUGGAGGAGGGGGCCAAGCUGUUGAUGCUAUGA